AUCACCAGACUGAGCUCAAUCUUUUGACAGUGAACAUUAGUCUGGGGACUCUGCUCUGUACUGUAUUUCUACUGCACAAGAGGCGUGAUCAAUGGGUCUGUACGCUUGGAUAGUCCUUCAACCAAUCAGACCAACGAUCCAGGUGCACUAUAGGUGGAUAAGCCAGUUUGUGAUUGGUCCCCGCUAAUUUGUAAUGGAAGCAGAAGAGAUAAAUGUGCAGGUUUCCAGCCUGAGCUGCAGGUCGAAAUCCAAUCGCUGGCAGAUGGGGCUGGUUUUACCCAGUCUACCAGAUUGCUGUGAAGACUGUUGAAAUACCUACGUUUCCUUUAUUUACAACGUGUGAAUACUAACUAAGUUCUGCAUGUAACUCCAGAGCGUGAGAAUGUCCACAGCACAACUCUUCAUCUCUGGGGUGAUUAUCCUCGCAACUCUGUCAGGAGCACAUGGAGAUGAUGGAUACUACACCUCCGUAGUGGACCAGUGUCGAUUCAGCUCCUGGGACCUGGCAGAUAUGGAGUUCAUUAGGUCUCACUGGUUUAACAAGGCUGAAUAUGUUCGGUUCAACAGCUCGGUGGGGAAGUUUGUGGGGUACACUGAGUUUGGAGUAUAUAAUGCCGAGUCAUGGAACAAUAACACAGCCUACCUGGCACAGCUGCGGUCGGAGACGGAAAGAUACUGCAGACCCAAUGCCCAGAAUAUGAUCAAUAAUCUCAUGACGAAAAAAGCUGAGCCAGAGAUGAUGCUGAAGCUGACGAGAGCAUCCAGUGGUGGUCAACCUGCUGUGUUGACCUGCAGUACCUACAGCUUCUACCCAACGCCCAUCAGAAUGACCUGGUACAGAGAUGGCCAGGAGGUGACCAGUGAUGUGGUAUUCAGUGAGGAGCUGGGGGAUGGAGACUGGUACUACCAGAUGCACUCCAGCCUGGUGUUCACCCCCAAAGCUGGAGAGAAGAUCUCCUGUGUGGUGGAGCACUCCAGCCUCAAGGAGCCCAAGGAGUUGGUCUGGGGUGAGAACUCUGAGCCCUCCAUGUCCAAUACUGAGAAGUAUAUGGUUGCCAUGGGAGUAGCAGAAAUGGUGCUGGGGCUGAGCUUUGCUGCUGCCGGCCUCAUCUACUACAAAUCCAGAGGGCGGAUCUCGACAACCAAGACCAGCAUGGACAAAGGUUUUCAUCAGAUGAAUAUGGAUAGCAACUUCCUGCUUUGGCUAUUGAGUUCUUACAGAUCUUUCUCAGUACACUGUGAUUCAAAGACCCCGGUGAAGAAAUCCAUCCUGAAUACCGUGUGCAGUGAUCAUUAAGUUGAAUCCUGUAACUGCAGUUAUCAUUCAUUUCAAUCCUGAAUACUGUGCAGUGCUCAUUUUGUAACUGUUGUGAAUUAAAUGUCCUCAGACAAAAAUAAAUGGUCUUUUGUAGAGGAAGGACAGGCACACUUUAUCCCUGUUGAUAUAAACCUGAAGUGAUAAACAGAGAAACUAAACUGAACCAAGACUUAUUUCCUACCUUCGGUCUUUUAUAGAAACCCUCAUGAUCAUUGAGAUUGAGACAGAGCUGUUUCUCCUUCAUAGUUUGACUGGAGUGUUUAUCUAGUCAUUUGCCAUAUCAGUUUCUGAGUUUGGCUCCCUCUGCAGGACCACUUCAGCAUAUGUUCUCCUAUACGCUUACAUGUUAAUGAAUGUGUAUCACAUCUGUCAAGAGGUUGUAUCAUGUAUUGCUCAUACAAUAUGUGAUCCAUCAUAUAUAUAUAUAUAUAUAUAUAUAUAUAGGCCUAUAUAUAUAUAUAUAUAUAUAUAUAUAUAUAUCCAUAUCCAUAUAUUUGGAUAUCUACAAAGACUUCACAAUUAGUUUGUUGAAAUUGAGUUUUUCUGCUUGUUCGCUAAACAUCAAUUUAACCAGGCCCAACCCCUAAUCUUAACUAUACAUUGUGCUGAACAAUUUUGUAAACUGAUGUUUUUAGCAUGAGUCUAGAGGUGACCACCCACAUGCAGUUCCACCAUACUUGUUAAUCAGGUGUAGGACCAGAUGAUUGGGGCUCCAACAGCAUAACUCAUGAAACAAAUGUAUUUAAACGUGAAAUACCUUAUAUGAAGCUGUCUUAAAAUUGACUAAAUUGUUAGAGGCUCUUAUGGAACUUGCAGUCUCAGUGUUAAAAUGAAAAUGUGAAAUGCAGAAUGGCAAUGCAAUUUUAAGUUUGAAUUUUGAUUUCCAACUCAUGCUUCUUUGAUGGGAGGUGGAGGAUAUGACAUGUGGGGGGAAGGCCCUCUGACAUAAUAAUUGUGCAUAAAUGUACACUGAAAUGGUGUCAAGGAUGUUGGCAACUCAAUGAAUGGACAAUCAGACCAAAAUAAGAGUGCUUUACUGUAAUAAGUAGCUUCGAAUUAUUCAGUGUCAUCACUAUUUAGAUCUUUGAUUGAUCACAUAUUUAAAAAUUGUAUAUGUAUAAUUAUUGUCUAAAGUAAAACAUAAGAACAAGA